AUGCAGCUACCUGCUUGCAGUUAUCCUCUGGAAAAGGACGAAGCCACACCUGAGGAAGAGACGCACCUGAAGGCGGAAUUGGAACCUCAGUGUGGUCGGGAGAACAGCAACUCUGACGGCGUCCCCUGGAAGCUUCCAGCAACCGGGCCUCUUAGUGGUGUGGAGAAGACGGAGCCUUCCUUCCCAGAGGUACAGCGCCCAGACUGCAGGUCCUCUCCUCAACAACCCCUGGAAAGCCUGUCCAAGAAGCACUGUCAUACCCAGGGGAAACUUCUCCACUUUGACCCGCAACCCCCAGGCCGCCUGUCCACCUCGCCCACAUUGAGGAGGUUAAGGGGCCGCAGCUGCGGGAGCGUGCGCAGGCGUGCGCACGGCACUGCGCAUGCGCCGCCUCAGUAGGCGGCCUUAAAGGUUCCCACCUGGGGUGGCUGCAAGGAGCCUUCCGGUUCCCCGCAUCGCCUUUCCAACGGGCUAUUUGGAAGCCCAGAGGAGUCUUCGCACUCCCUGUGGCCCCUGAGACUCCACUCAAGAUUGCCUCCGGACCCCGAAAGGGCACUCAACGCAGCCGACUCGUCUGAGCUCCAAAUGGCGCCCAGUGAUGAGCUUGCCCUUCCCGUGCUUCAGCCCCUCAACAAGGGGGCGCUUCCUCAGGCCUCCCUUUCACGGUGGAGGCCAGCCAGCACCCAGCCGUGCCCCACAUCUCUCCAGGCCUCAGAGAGAAGAAUUGCAUCAGUCCAGACUGUGCUUUUAUCUAGAAUGCAGGUAGAUUGUGUCACUUCAGAAACCAGCUCUGAACUUUCAGCUUGGUCCCCCAGCUGUGGCAGUGAAUUUGCCAUUUCUUUCAGGGAUGAAGAGCUUCUUUGGCAAUUCUACGAGCACAGGAGGAGUUCUGUGGUGCUCAACUUACCUGGACUUGAGGUGCUCCCCGGGGACCUUCUGGUGUCAGAUGGCUGCCACCCGCUUCUGCUGCUGAAUUCAGAAUCCAAAAAGCCAAGAUGGCCUUUCCCCAAAAGAGGAGUGGGCAAAGACAAACACAAGCACACAUCUGAUCUGAAAGGCUGCCUCUCCUCUUGGAAGAUUACAGACUUCAGGCACUAUGAGUUCCACAGACUGAAGGAUAAGACCUGGAAUGAAGUCGUGGAAACACAUCAAAAACUUCCUACUCAUCAGUUAGACUUGAGAAAGCAGCAAGAGGCUGUGUGGGAACUCUUCACGAGCGAAUGCACUUAUUUCUUGGACCAUUUAUUAGUUCUUAAGAUGAUCUUCAUGAAUACAUUAAAAUACCUACAGACUCAUGAAUAUCUCCUGGAUGUGGAUUUAUGGAGACUUUUUGCAAACCUGGAGGAGUGAAGUCAGACAAGCUUUGGUUUUGUGAACAGUCUUUUCCACAUCUUCAAGGACAAUGUCGACGCUUCUGAGACUUUACCAUCGUUGGAUUUCAUUUCCGUGCUCACAAAGUCAUAUGUCCUACUUGAUAAUGGUGCCUCCUCCACUUUCCCUGUUCUAGUUGCUGAUAAAAGUGAAGAGAAAGAGAAAGUCUGUCUGUGCUCUUUGCUUCCACUCAUUCUCCUCUACCCUUCUCCUCUUGCAGUACUUCUGAGGAGCCUAUGUCAGAGCCACCGGACCUACUGCCUGAAUUACUCAGCUGCUGUCUUUCACCUUGAGAGUCUGAGGCAGAGAGAGGACUUCGGAAUUUAUUUAAAGUGGUGUGAGCAAAAUGAACAGUGUGGACGCCUUCACCUGCCUGAGCUGCUAGUGGCCCCACUACACAGGCUGACUCAAUACCCUUGUUGCUGAAGAGACAUCUGGAAAAGGAAUACAGACGCCACGGAGAAAAUCGUGUUCCACUCCAUCCAGGAAAAGGUGGAAAAGUCAAUCUGGGAUCUUGAAGGAAAAGUGAAGUGGCUUGACAAUUUUUAAAAAUGCAGACAUCUACAGGAGAUUAUAGUGUGGCCUCCACUUUGGGAUAGAGAUAAAAGGUACUACAUUUGCCAGUGCCUGAAACACAUUUUUAAGGAACACAUGGCAGAAAACAUCCUGUCACCAAGCAACAGACAGCUUCUCUGUGAAGGAAAGUUAACUCUUGCAGAAAGCACAAGAUUCCUAGAUGUUUAUCUGUUUCUCUUUGACGAUUUCCUCUUAGUUCUGAAAACUAAGUGCAACAAAAAGAAACGUGGAGGCUCAGACCCUGGCUUAAUGUGCCCUUCACUUACUCCUGAGCUGCAAACAGUAAUCAAAGAAGGUGGUUCAUGUAUGGUACUCGAUCAGCCCAUUCCACUAGACAGAUUGGUUGUCAGAGGUCUCGGUCCACGCCACAUGUCAGUCUUUGGGCUGAGAAAUUCUUUCCUCAUACAACAUGAAAACAGCUAUCAACAGUGUAUAGCAGCAUCCUUAUCACAAGCCCAAACAGAAAACAUCAAGAAAACAUGGAUUGCACAAUUAACAGCAGCAAUCUCUUGCUUCACUAAGAGUCAGGAAACCAAGAUGUCCCUAUUCACUUUGCCUGCAGAAUCCUCAGAAAUUUAGGGACCUAAAACAAGUGGCACACCUUUUUAGACAUUAGGGAUUAAAGUAUUCUUUCAUUCAAACUUGUAACACUUACCUAGUGAUGAGCUAAAAGAAAAUGUGCAUUUUAAAGAAGUUCCAGAAUUUAAGCUAGGAAAUUCCUCAGCGUAGAGUAAUAAUGGCUGCAACAAAUUUGAACCGGAAAGAAUUUCUUGGUAAGUGUAUACAUGCUGAUAUCCAGACUACGUUAUAAUGCUUCAGUCAGGCAUGCAAAAGGGGUGAGGGAAGUAUGAUGCUAUUAUAAUUCGUAAAAGGUGAAUGAUCAGGUAAAUGCAGUAUCGGGAGGAAAACAAUGCCCACUGCUUGCAUCUGAUAUGACUUCUAGCAUCUUACUUUGUGUAUAUCUGUAAUGAAACCAAGUUUCCUACAUGACUUAUAAAUCAGCCUUACUGCUCUACAGUCCUACCUCAUACAAAGUUUGAUUGCUCUUUUAACAUACUAAGCAAUGAAUAAUAAGGUCUCCAUCCUAGUAGCAGUUUUUAAAUUCCUAGUCGCCAACAGUUUAUUUAUCUCAGGUAUACUUUAUGUAACUCUUAACAUGGAAGGAGAAAAUCCCAAAGAUGAAAUUCCAUUGUUUUAAGAAAGAAAAAGCAAAUAUCUGUUCCAGUUUCACAGUUAACAGUUUUACUUGGGAAAUUUCAUAGAAAUAGUAGGAUAUCUUUCCCUAAAUCUCACUUUUUGAAGAACAGUGGAGUUUGUCAUAAAACUUAUUUCUGGUUUUGAG